UCGGGCGCGGUCCUGUCACGCUCGCACGGGGACGAGGCCGCGGCGGCGAUGGCGGAUUUCGAUCCCUACGACGACCGGGCCUACAGCAGCUUCGGCGGCGGCCGCGGGUCUCGUGGUGGUGGCCUUGGUUCCCGCAGAAAUAAAGAGCUGCCAACAGAACCCCCUUUCACAGCCUAUGUGGGAAAUCUGCCCUUCAACACUGUCCAGGGAGACAUAGAUGCCAUCUUCAAGGAUCUCAGCAUCAGGAGCGUGCGGCUAGUCAGGGACAAGGAAACAGAUAAAUUUAAAGGAUUUUGUUACGUAGAGUUCGAUGAGGUGGAGUCACUCAAGGAAGCUCUUACGUAUGAUGGUGCACUCUUGGGUGACCGGUCACUCCGAGUGGACAUAGCAGAAGGCAGGAAACAGGAUAAAGGUGGCUUUGGCUUCAGAAAAGGUGGCGGGCCCGAUGACAGAGGAAUGGGAGGAGGUUCCCGAGAAUCCAGAGGAGGUGGAUGGGAUUCCAGAGAUGACUUCAAUUCUGGAUUCAAAGACGACGACUUCUUGGGAGGUCGGGGUAGAGGAACCCGCCCCGGAGACCGGCGACCACCCGGUGCCUCCAUGGGGAGUGGUGGCACCGGUCGCUUCAGAGAUGGGCCUCCCCUCCGUGGGUCUUCCAUGGACUUCAGAGAGCCAACAGAAGAGGAAAGAGCACAGCGGCCCCGACUGCAGCUCAAACCUCGAACAGUCGAUACUCCCCUCAAUCAAGUAGCCAACCCAAACUCUGCGAUCUUCGGCGGAGCCAAGCCCCGGGAGGAAGUAGUAAAAGAGCACGACUGAGUCUGGGGUUGGGAGGGAAUGGGGAGGCGGGAGGAAAAGCAAGACAGUACAGAGUGACUAGCUCUGCUGGAAUGUCAACCCUGCAGUUUACCAUUCCUGCCAUCUGGUAUUUGUCCUCUUUGAAACCGAAAACACAGAGCUUGUGAAUGCAUGUCAGCUGUUAACAAGUGGUUUUUAGUACGUUCUUGGCUUUGCUGUAUCUAGUGCCUGCUUUGUGCUGAGUUUCCCUCUUCUGUUUCCUUCCAAGCAGCACAGUUGCCAGUAGAAAAGGCAGUGUGGCUGCUUCCACGAGCGUGGAGGUCUCUGGACAAAGGUGCUGCUUCACUUCUUCCUUUCUGGGUUUGUUUUACUUUAGAAGCACAGGUUAGACUUAGUUAUUUCCCUGUAUGGUUUCCUUUUACUUCUCAGUGCUCCUCUUCUGACCUGCAUGUCUCGUUCUGUAUUGCUGUGGCUCUGAAGAGGAAAACUGAAGAGUCCAGAUGAGUUGAACAGAGAAAUGUCCAGUUCUAACCAAGCAGUGAAAUACCAUUUCUGACAAUUGGUGAUAGUUACUGUUCACAGCAGAGCCCCUUGUAAAGCUAAGGGGGGCAGCUGCCCUUUCACAGGGGUUGCCAGGAGGGAUCAGUUCAAUGGAUGCCUUGCCUGACAAGCCUUGGGAAUAGCUGGUGGAAUCAGUAUGGAUAAAGCCUCUGCCAGCAGCCUCUUCCUGCUGGCUGUUGACUUCCAAAUGGUACGAUACUACUACACCUCUGAGCUCAAGGUUAGUGCUGCAAAAACGUGCCUGUUUGAGCACAACUGCUCACUGGCUCUUUCUGCUUACUUUUUUGGGUUUUACAUGUUUGGUAAAUUUUUAAAUGAAGUUUCUACCAAUAAAAUUGACUUUUUUAUUUUUGUUGAAGGAGUGUAUACUUUGCCACGCAGUAUUUGAUCGCCACUAUCCCCUGUAUUUCUUUGCCCGGUGGGGUACAGUUUUAGGACCUCAGCUUUUAGAAUACCUUGAAAGUGGGCAGAUUAGAAAUCCUCCUGCUUUAGAUUCUCCUGUAGAAGUUUGGGUAAAAAGCAUCUCGUGUUGCUGCACCUCUUUUCACUUUCUUGCCGGUGUUGUGUGGGAGGAGGGAGGGGAGGCUGGAGCAAAAGGAGAGAUCAUUAGCGUUGAAAACCAAAACCUGAGCUGUGGAUGUGUCCAGUGCAUGGGAAAAACCUGGGCCCCCAAUGCCAGUGGGGAGAGCCUUCAGCUAGAACAGCCAGCACCCCAGAGUACUUGCAAGAGGAGUUUGGAAGCAUGGCUGCCCCACUACCAGCACCACUGCUAGUGAUGAAUUUCUUCCCUUAAAGUUCCUGUUGUAAGUCAGAGUCCCAGCAAUUUACAGAACUACUCUUUCCUUCCUUCUGCCUUUCACUUAAUCUGCUUCUGAGAUAAGAACCAUUUGUCUAACACUAAUACUUAAUUUAAGACAGACAUGCAUUUGUGUGGUUGUAUUCCAAACCAAUAAUUGAUCUAUUUACAUCUUCAAUGUGGAAAAGAUUUUAAGAACAAAUUCCCAUAUAAAAACUCACCUCUAGUCAAGACAGUUGACUUUUAAAUGUAAAAACAAAGGAAAAAAAAAAAAGAAAUCCAAACACUUAACACAUUCUGCUUCAUAACAAAAUAAAUUUAUGGAUAUGGUAUUUUGUGAAUGAUCUUUUAAAUAAAAGAAAACAUUAAGUAAUAUUUAAGAUUGGUCUUUAUUUGAGUCUGCUCUAGCAUGUUUUUCCCCCCCUUCAGUUUUCAAAUAUUGUGUUAAUUUGUACCAGAGCCAUUCUGAUACAAAAUAAGGGGGGAAGAGGAAAAGAUAAAGGGGAGGAAUCUAAUCUAAACAGUGCUGGAACAGUGAAGUAAAAAUUGUUUAUGGGUGGAAAUGAGCCCAAGUUCUUUACCCUGUGGUUUCAGUGUCACUUCAGUGCCGUUGCUGAGGCUGCCAGGUGGGACUUGGGGGUGCUACAGCUCCUCAUGCUGUGUCCCACAGGCUGGGUUUCUCCCAACUUUUCCAACUGACCUGUUUUCCAUGAGACUUAACAGUUAAAGGCACUGUUGCCCUGUGGCUUUGAAAUACGUGCUUAUUGCAGGGUAAGGUGAAAGAGGUAGAGCCAUGAUUUUAUUGAGGAAAUGAGCUCUGACCUCCCUGCUGGUUUUACUGCUUUGCAUGGCCUGAAAGGAUGGGAAGUUCUUGCCUCUGGCUACUCAGUCCACCUUCUCUUUAGACCUCUUAGCACAGCUUGAGCAGAGUCCCAGCCCUGCUCUGGAGCCUCUGGGUGUCCUCCCUGACCCCACCCCGAGGGGUGUGUGCAAGGGCAGGGCUGGCUGGGGGAGCUGCUGCCACAGCUGGGCUGUCAAACCCAGUGGUGGAACCAGUGAUUUCACCCCUGCAUGCAGGAAAGGAGCCCUGAUUUGUGAGAGAGGUGGCAAAUGGCUCAUCUUGGUUCUGCAAAUCUUUUUCUGGAUCUGCCAAUAUUGGUUUGGUCAAGGGUUUCCUACUAGUGAAUGCAGCCUGAUCCCAACCUCAUUUACCACCUUUCCUUUUCCUUUUUGUAGUUCUUCAUGUGCAAACAGUCAUGGUUUCUUUGGAGCAUUCCACACUGUGCUUCCCAUGCAGCUCAGGGUCAGACUCCUCCAGUCCUUUUUCUUUCCCUCCUUCCAAAUGUUACCUGAUGAACGUUUUCCUCCACAGAAGCCCAUCAAACCACCUUGUGUCAACAGUUGACACAACUGUAUUUAAUGUAUGGGUGUGGCAUUUCGGUUUUGUAGGAGGAAGCAAGAUUAUGUUCUCCCCAUCCCACCAGCGAAAAAACAGUUGAGGUUUAACCUGUAAUGCUUAACUUUCUCUGCAGCUUAAAGCUAAGCCUGGCAUGGCAAAGCCCAGACCGAGCAGGCACCAGCAGUGUAGCAAACAGAUCAUUCACUCUGUGGCUGUUCAUGUUCUCACUGAGUUAUUUCUAGUAGCUGUGCAGAGCUUUCUUGGAGCUUAAACUUAGGAAAAUAAACAAAACUGAAGGUAGGAAGGCAGCAGGCAGUUUUUGGAAUUGGAAUUGAGUUUGCUGCUGCAGGAAGUGCUUUGGUGUGUCUCUCCAGUUGGGUUGCAGCUGGGGAAGGUGGGUGUCUGGAAGAGCUGUGGGACACUGCAGGAGUGAACAGCAGCUUCUAAUGUGCUGCAAAACUCCCUGGCAACCACCAAAAAUUGAACUCCACUGAGCUCCCAAGCCCAGGAAGGCCCCUGGGAGAGCUCAUCCCAGUCCUCAGGGCAGCACCCAGUGCUGGCCCAGGGGCAUUGCCGACUUGCUGGGCUGUGCAAGCCUGGAGCAGCUCCUGAGGGUGCUCUUUGUGCUUGUGGCCAUCAGGGUUGUUCUGAUGGCUGAAGAAAGAGGUGGAGGAAUGUUUACACACUCAAAUGACGGGCUGGUGAUGGCAGAGUCACAUUAAAUUCAUGCCCUCAAGUGUGGCUUUACAGGCCUUCCUAGGGCAGGAACAAGUUGCUCAUCUGCUCCUGAGAUGUGCUGGCACUACUGAAAGAGUCUCCAGCACUGACCAUGAAUUUCUGAAGUUCUGCAGGUGUCCCAGGGCUGGUGGUGAUGGGGACUGUGGCCAAGCCUCGCCAUCCCAGGGCAGUUUUGGAUGAUGCUGUUAUUUUUUACUUGUUUUAUGAAUACCGUGAUAGUUUCAAUCCUGACUUUGGCACAUAGUCCAGUAGGAGCAUUUGCUACCUGUAGUACUGGCUGCUGACUUGUCUUCAGGAAAGAUGAUAAAAUGGUGAGAGCUUUAGAGCAAAUCCUGUGAUACUGUAAUCACUCCUUUUGUAGGAAAGGUUUAAUACUAAAGCCAGCAAACCUUGGAAUGCACGUGCAGCCCCUUCCUCAGAGCAUGGGCAUGUGGCAGCUUCCAGAGCAGCCCCUGUGCCACUGCCUGGUUUGGGCAUAGCUUCUUGCAGUGACUUCACCAGGAACCCCCCUGCUCCCCGGGUGUGUUCUGGGCACAGGCUGUGUGUGCCAGGUUGGCUUCAGUCACUGGUUUUCUGUCCCACCCUCGUUCCUUCUCCCUGCGUGGAAUUAUUGCCUCCUGGUUAUUCCCACUGGCAGCAGGAAGGAGGGUGAUGAGCUGUUAACCUGCAGCUUGAAAUCCGUGUUGUGUUUAUGUUUUGCAUUCGGAUGGUCUCUGUGUUUCACUACCAGAUGAGCACAAAGGCUCUGGAAGAACAGGGUUGCUCCUCUAUCCUGGUGUAUUCCAGCCUAGAAUCAGUUCCUUUGUAGUUCUCAAGGGCUUCUCUGGGAUGGACUCUCGGGAUGAAAUUUAGUAGGUGUUGCUGGUCCUAAAUUUUCAGAAAGGGGAGUUCCUGUGGCUGAAGAGGAAUUUGAUUUCCAGCUGAGACUGGAAUUUUCUCAUCUGGAAGCUGACUCCUUCCUCUCAAAAGCCACUUAACCACUGCAGGAACCAAGUGUAUUGAAAGUGGCAGAGAGCCAUCUUUUAUUUGGUGCAUACAUUUUCUCUAUACAAUGUGUAAUUUAUUCUGUUGUUCGGGAUACCACUCGCUAUACAAUGUUAAACAUUUAGGAUGGUGUAAUCAUAUUUUUGACGCUGCUUUCUGAAAGGCUUUAAUCCUUCAGUGCCAGGCACUUACUUGACUCUCAAGCCUGAUGCACGUUAGGAACAGCAAUAUCUUGAUGCCAUUGUGUGUUCUGGAGUAACGGGAGAAACACUCCCAAAGCUCUGGGUGUGUGGCUGGCACCUCUCCCGGCUGUGAGGGACUGCAGGGGAGCUCUGCUGCUCCUCCUGUGUCUGAGCCACUGGAACCCAGCACAGAUGGGCACACAAAUGGGCACUCGGGUUCUGGUGGCACCUGUGGUGUCACGGGGUGCGUGGGGUCAGUCUGAGAUCGUGGUCCUCAUCUCACUGUACCUGAGUGGCUAAAUCAGAGGCAUUUUAUGGUUUUCUUCUCCAUCGUGGCAGUGACUCUGUUCUGUGACAUCUCCUGCUCGGUGUGACAUCAGCUCCCCCCAUUUCUGUCCCCCUCUGCAGCAAAGUGCAUCCAAGGGCUGUGAGGACUUACCUGUACACUCACCGAUUCCCGUGUAAAGCUCCAGAGUAUCCCAGGGUUGAUGUUUUUGGGGGUGUUGUUGCCGGGAACGCUGCCACCACCUUUCUGCCCAGUAGGUUUCAGCCAGGUUAGUGUUCCCCGUGGCAGGGAUUUGCUUCCUGCCACGAGAUUGUUUCGUUCAUGUCACCGUGCUCCCGAGAUCUGCCUCUUUCUUUUAAAUAAACCAAAAACUCACCAAGUACCUCUAUAAACCCCUUGUAAAACCUGUACUGUAACAAAUCUGUAUAAUUUGUAUCGCUGUAUAAAGAUUCAAAUAAAAGCAUUCAAACCUUCUA